UUAAAAUCCACUUUUUUGAUUGAAUUGGAUAAUAUGCUUUCAGAGUGAUAUAUUUCCCAAAUAUAAGUGGAAAUAAUGUUAUGAUUAAUAUAAGUGGAAAAUAAGUAUACUUUCCUCACAUAGCACACUAUUUACUAAUAUGUUUUAAUGUUCUAGGUCUAAUUUUCAUCGUAAAUGCUUGAAAGAACUGCUCUACGACAAUACACCAAUCAAAUUGAUAAUUGAAUGACAGAUUCCUUCAAAAGUGACAGUUUAUUUGCCUUUUGAAAUCCCCGUACCUAAUAUCCAGAUUAGUCUAUCUGAUGUUCAACAAUGACAAUGUAAUCGACACCUAAUCACUCAAAGAAAACGCCGCGAGUGAGAGUUGAAUGCGUUCAGCGCACCGUCGAUUCAAAGAUCGGCAUCAUAGGGCGUAAUGGGUAUUGUAAUGGAUAUCCUUGGUAUUGUUCCACAUCAAAGAAAGAGAUGGGACGCAGGAUGAUCAUGGCCUUUUGUUUCAUCACCCAACCUGUAACGAUUAUGAGGAGUCGCAUCGUCAUGAUAAAAGGACAGAGCAAUGAACCUAAUUCACAGAUUUACAUCUUGAAUUCUCGUGAGCAACAUCCUAUUUAUCCGAUUAUCAUCAUGUCCGUGACUACCCGCACGCGUCGACGCCAGGAAGAGAAGGAGGAGGAGUUCCCAUGUUUACAGUGUGGACGGGAGGUUCGCCCGAGACAACAGGCUCUGGAAUGCGACAGCUGUUCCAGAUGGCAACAUCGGUUAUGCAACACAGGUAUUACACUUCAGCAGUACAGGGGAGCGAUGAAGGAAGGUAUUGACUGGACUUGCUCAGGUUGCAGUUUACAGGCGAUGAACAGAGAUGACGAAGUUGCUUCCAUUGUUUCCCAAUUUGAGCCCAUUGGGGAAAGCAGUCGUCUGUCUUCCAUAGAGCCACUAAACCUCACGAACGACUCAUUGAUCGUCGAGCAGUCUCUCUCGUCCGAUGAAGGGCCGCCACCAAACCCCACCAACGACUCAUUGAUCGUCGAGCAGUCACUCUCGUCCGAUGAAGGGCCGCCACCAAACCCCACCAACGACUCAUUGAUCGUCGAGCAGUCACUCUCGUCCGAUGAAGGGCCGCCACCAAACCCCACCAACGACUCAUUGAUCGUCGAGCAGUCUCUUUCGUCCGAUGAAGGGCCGCCACCAAACUUCACCAACGACUCAGCAGAUCAGUCAUCAAUCGUCGAGCAGUCUCUCUCGUCCGAUGAAGAUUCGUCGAUCAUCGACCAGGCCACCAUCUACCAGAUUCUCACUAUGUCUCUUUCAAAUCAUAGGUGCUCUGUCAGGAACAGUGAGGUAAAGUGCUCCUCGACCGUGAUCCAGCAAGGGAUGGUCUACACGCCUGGUCUCCAUCGCCACAUCCACCCUCCUAAACAUGCUGAGGUACAUCGAAGGCUGCUGCACAAAGAGCUCAAGAUCCAGGCCAAGAGGCAGCCACUGGCUGGAGGCAUGGAGAUAGCUGAGGGCGUCCUGCUCCAGCGUGGUCUGACCUACCCUGCACGGACAGCGACACUGAAAAGGAUGGCCAAUCGGGUCAGGGAAGCUGACAGACCGAAAGAGCCAAGAACGCUGGAUUUCGACCUCAACGAAAACUUCCUGCCCGAUGAUUUCCUGGUUGCAGAUGUAACCCGUGGAGGCCACAGGAGUCUCAUUUAUGCUACCCCUCAACAGCUGCAGCUGCUGAGGCAGGCACAGACCUGGUUUGUAGAUGGUACAUUUAAAGUGGUCAGGCUCCCAUUCUAUCAAUUGCUGGUGGUGCACGCUUACUACGAAGUUGGAGCUUCCAUCAAGCAAGUUGCCCUCGCUUACAUCCUGAUGUCGAGCAAGAGGAGUGGUGCAUACAGGGAGGCCAUGCAAGAGCUACGGGAUGCACUGCCAGGACCAGCUGCUGUGGAAGAAAUCAUGGUAGAUUUUGAGGCAGCUCUCUGGAAGGUUCUUCCACGGAUAUUCCCACAGGAACAAGUCUGUUUAUUGCCAGCUAGGGUCAAUUAA